UUCGAUAUGACUCUGUUUUCCCCAUAUACAGCCUCGACGCCCGGGGCAUGAGCCUCCUGCAGGGGAAGCAGCAGGCGUCGGAGCCCUUCCAGCAGCGGUCCUACCUCAAGGUCAGCCGAGGUCAGCAGGGGCUGCUCCUCGAGAGGGUUCGCCCGGAGGACGAGGGCGAGUACAGGUGCCGAGUGGACUUCCUCGGGUCGCCCACGAGGAAUUCGAUGCUGCUGCUCGAUGUGAUGGUUCCUCCUCGAUCUUUGGUCAUCACGAGCGACCUUGACCCAGGACGAGAGGUCAAGGCGGUGGCUGGCCCUUAUACCGAAGGAGCUGAAGUGACCCUCUCAUGUCAGGUCAGAGGAGGCGACCCCCGACCUAAGGUGACCUGGUGGCACGAGUGGUCUCUCCUGGACAACACGAGCGAGGUCAACACAACCCAUGUCGUAAAAAAUAUCUUGACCCUCCCCCCGCUGACGAGAGCUGACCUCGACAAGACGCUAACAUGCCAGGCCACCAACUCCGACCUCAUUAUACCGAUGUCAGCCACUGUCAGGGUUGAUAUGCACUAUCCUCCGAGGUCCGUGAAGCUCCUCGAAGAUUCCACGGAAGAAGUGACCUUAUCUGAAGGAAGGUCACGACCCAUCGUGUGCGAAGCCGAAGGGUCACGACCUCCCGCCAACCUCUCCUGGUUCUCGAGUGGUCACCCGAUCCCCAGGCAGCUCUUGGAUAUCGAGGAAGAGAUCGAGGGCGAAGUGAGCCGCUCCAUCUUACACUUCAGUCCGAGGGCGAGCGACGACGGAGCGACCCUCAGCUGUCGAGGAUUUAGUCCAGGUUUGCCAGAGCUCGUCCUCGAAGACUCGGUCAAGCUCUACGUUUUCUAUAAGCCUCGAGUCGAGAUCGACCUCGAGCACGACUCAGAAGACUUGGAAGAAGGCGAUGACGUCACGCUGGAGUGUUUGCUGAACGCCAAUCCUCCAGCCACGAGCGUCGAGUGGGAGCUCAAUGGCAUCCCCAUAAAGAGCAACGACGCCCUCGGAGUGACGGUGAGCAGGACGACCUUGCACCUGAGGAACAUCACCAGGGCUUCUUCAGGAGUUUAUACCUGCGCUGGUACGAACGACGAAGGAUCCACGACCUCCAGCCCUCUUCAGGUGGAUGUGAAGUUCCUGCCGACGUGCUCCGAGGACCAACACACCUCCUACGGCGUCGGGACGAUGGAGGAAAUCCUGGUAUCCUGCCACGUCGACUCGUAUCCUGUACCGACGGAUUUUAGAUGGGCCAUGAACACGAGCUCGGGCAUCAAGGACGUGCCCCUCAACCUCUCCAGCAGCAGCGGCAGGAGCAGCGUCGUCAGGUACACGCCCCACACGCAGAGGGACUUCGGCGAACUCCUGUGCUGGGCGGUGAACGAGGUCGGGCGCCAGAGGGAGGCCUGUGUGUAUCGAGUGGAGCCGGCAGCCAAACCCGAGGCGGUGUCCUCCUGCGUCGCCGAAAGGAACGCGACGAUGCCCGCCUCCUACGUGAUCCUCUCGUGCGUCCCGGGCUGGGAUGGCGGCCUCAACCAGUCCUUCAUCCUCGAGGUGCGACAGGAGGCCAAGGAGGAGCUGCUGGAGGACUUCAGAGACGCGCCCGAGCCACAGUUCUUCGUCAGGGGCCUCCUGAGGGACGUGCACUACCUCCUGACGGUGCGCGCCGCGAACGCCCGAGGCCUGAGCCCGCCCAUCACCAUCAGCUACUGCGUCCAGGGCGAGUCUCGGGCCACCACCCUCUUGGUGUCCCACGCCCGCAACACCCUCCUGGUCCUCAUGCCCUUCGUGGUGCUCCUGAUGGGCGUGCUGCUGGUGCUGACGGUGUACGUGGGCGUGGGCGUGCUGCGGGCGUCCAAGGAGAGGCGGAGGAGGUGUAAGAAGGAGGGUCUUUACUACACGACGACGGUGAAAGCGCCUCCGGAAUGUCACGACGCCCACGCCAUCGUCUGCGGGAAUAAUGAUUACGAUAAAGAGGAGCUGAUGAAGCUGCCCGUGGAGAGCGUCACGCCCAAAGCCGCCCACGAGUGCCAGGACUACCUGCUGAAUAACUACGGGAACCUCUCCGGCUCACUCGAGACCGACUUGCUUCUGAGGGAGAAGCUCGCGUCCUUGGCCUGCCUCCCGCCGCUGCCUUCGUCGGACUCCCUCGGCCGCUGCCCUACGCCCUCCUCCAUCUGCACUACGUCCUCCAAGUCGUCGGGCAAGUCCCAGUCCUCCUCGAAGUCCGUCACGUCGUCCUUGAGGUCGACCUGCACCAACAAUUCCUCGGUGACGGUGGCGCUGAAUCCCGAGUACCUGGCGAAGCGGAGCGCGGCGGAGACGCUGUACGCCCUCGUGGUCAACCUGCCCCAGGAGAGCGCCGUCUGAAGGGGCAGCGGGCGUGGGCGUGGG